AUGCGAAAACUGGCCACGCAGUUCACGAAUGCGUUAAUCGCCUCUGGUGUGCGUACCUCCCCGAAGACGUGUGUCCUGAACGUCAACUUCCCCAAGGUCGAGGGAGACUGCACACCCGGCCAAAUUCACGUGGUGCUGAGCCGUAUCAACCCCGGUGUAUUCUCCGAGCGCGAUGUCGAGACCUGCGGUACCGACAGAUUACCGACGGAGGCAAGCGUGAUCAAUGCUGAUGGCUGUCAUAUUUCCGUCAGCGUUGGAGACUCGACGGAUAAGACGACCGCAUCAGCUGAUAAGCAGGCCGUUGUAUUACGAAGUUGGGUAGCCUCCUGA